AUGGCCAAGGGACCCUCCACCUCGUCCCCCACCGCCACGCCCCCCUCCGGUGCCCUUAAGCGAACGACCUCGAGCACCCAGAAUAUGCGAAACCAGAAGUCCAUUCUUGGCUUCUUCCAGAAAUCAUCGCCGGCCACUCCGUCAUCCAACCAGAUCCGUGAACCUGCGUCGUCUCCGGCCCAGCGAGCCUCCGAACAGCGUGGUGCCAGCGCCGCCAAACCCACACCCAAGGACCAGAAACGGAGCUUCUCGAGCUUCGCGCAGGAUCUGACUCCCGUGCCGAGUAGUGAUUUGCCUGUGCCUGAUGAUGAAGAGGAAAAUGGGGAUACUGUGAAGGCUGGUAACGAGGCUUCCGCAAUGUCUCCCUCUCGCCGAUCCAAGAAGCAGGUUAGCUAUAAAGAGUCCGACUCGGAAGGCGAAGACGACGACGAGGUCAUUUUCCGCCCAAAACGCAAUAACAGCGUGCGCGGCCGCGCAGCCAAGAGAAGAAAGACCUCGCCCGCCAGCGAAGACGAGUUCCAAGAAGCCGCAGAUGAUGGCGGAUACUCUGACGAUGAAAUGGACGAUUUUGUUGUUGCAGAUGAUUCAGAAGAGGAGGCCCCGUCUUCCAAAAAGCGAAAGAAGCCCGCAGCGAAGCCUGCACCAAAGGCUUCGCACAAAUCCUCGUCGCUGCCGCCUCCGCCCUCGCCCGAUGCAGACCUGGAUCUCGAUCUUCCUGAGGCCUCGUCUGGCACUGCGUUGAAGUGGACUUUUGACCCCGAAAACACGGAGCCUCGCGCUGAGCGAGCGGCAGUGCCCAAGACGCCUGCUUGCGCCAAAAAGGAGAAGGUUCAUCUCAAGGACCCCGAAGAGCGGUACCCGUGGCUUGCAACGAUCAAAGAUAUUGACGGCAACCCCGUGGGCCACCCUGAGCACGAUCCUCGUACUAUCUAUAUCCCUCCACUGGCCUGGUCCAGGUUCUCGCCGUUCGAGAAGCAGUACUGGGAAAUCAAGCAAAAAUUCUGGGAUACGGUGGUGUUUUUCAAGAAGGGCAAGUUCUACGAACUCUACGAGAACGAUGCCACUAUCGGCCACCAGCUGUUCGAUCUGAAGCUCACCGAUAGAGUCAACAUGCGCAUGGUCGGUGUGCCCGAAAUGAGCUUGGACCACUGGGCCAACCAGUUCGUGGCCAAGGGAUACAAGAUCGCCCGUGUUGACCAGGCCGAGUCUGCUCUCGGCAAAGAAAUGCGAGAGAGAGAUGCUAAGAGCAAGAAAGAGGACAAAAUCAUCAAGCGAGAGUUGUCUUGUGUCCUCACGUCUGGCACGCUAGUCGAAGGAUCGAUGCUUCAAGAUGACAUGUCUGUUUAUUGUGUUGCGAUCAAAGAGGCGAUUAUCGAUGAUCUGCCUGCCUUCGGGAUUUCAUUUGUGGAUACGGCAACAGGCCAAUUCUUUUUGUCUGAGUUCGUGGAUGACGCGGACAUGACCAAGUUCGAGACUUUUGUUGCGCAGACUCGCCCGCAGGAAUUGCUGCUAGAGAAGUCUUGCGUUUCCCAGAAAGCGAUGCGCAUUCUGAAAAACAACACAGGCCCUACCACUCUCUGGAACCAUCUCAAGCCUGGCAAGGAGUUUUGGGAAGCCGAUAUCACGCUGAAAGAACUGGACGUGAGCGAGUACUUUGUUUCCCAGGACGAUGACAAUCUCACGGCUUGGCCCGAGAACCUGCGUCAGGCCCGUGAAAAGGAGUUGCUGAUGUCUGCGUUCGGUGCCCUCGUUCAGUACCUGCGCAUUCUGAAGAUCGAGCGCGAUCUGAUCACCAUUGGCAACUUCACAUGGUAUGACCCCAUCAAGAAGGCGUCCAGCCUGGUGCUGGAUGGCCAGACCCUCAUCAACAUGGAAAUCUUUGCGAAUUCCUUUGAUGGCGGCUCGGACGGAACCUUGUUCCAGCUGCUCAAUCGCUGCAUCACCCCAUUUGGCAAGCGUAUGUUCAAGCAGUGGGUCUGUCAUCCAUUGAUGGAUGCCAAGAAGAUCAAUGCAAGACUGGAUGCUGUUGAUGCCCUGAAUGCCGACCCGAGUGUCCGAGACCAGUUCUCCUCGCAGUUGACUAAAAUGCCUGACCUUGAGAGGCUGAUUUCGCGUGUUCAUGCUGGGAAUUGCAAGGCCCAGGACUUUGUGCGGGUCUUAGAGGGCUUCGAGCAGAUUAACUACACAAUGGGUCUCCUCAAGGAUAGUGGCUCGGGUGACGGGCUCAUCGGGCAACUAAUCAGCGCAAUGCCUGAUUUGGCUUCCCUGCUGGGAUACUGGAAGACCGCGUUCGAUCGAUCCAAGGCCAAGGAAAAUGGGAUCCUGGUCCCAGAGCCUGGUGUCGAGGAAGAUUUUGACAGCUCUCAGGAAAACAUUGAGCAGAUUCACCGGGAUCUUGAUAACCUACUGAAAAAGGCACGCCGUGACCUCGGAUCGACUGCCAUCUGCUACCGGGACAACGGCAAGGAAAUCUACCAACUCGAAGUGCCCAUCAAGGUAAAGAACAUCCCCAAGAACUGGGACCAGAUGUCUGCCACCAAGCAGGUGAAGCGGUAUUACUUCCCCGAGCUCCGGAGCCUUAUCCGCAAGUUGCAGGAGGCCCAGGAGACUCACAGCCAGAUUGUCAAGGAAGUUGCUGGUCGGUUCCAUGCCCGGUUUGACGAGCACUAUGGCACAUGGCUGGCCGCCGUGAGAGUUGUUUCUCAGCUAGACUGCCUGAUCAGUCUGGCCAAGGCUUCGUCGGCACUCGGCCAACCUAGCUGCCGGCCUGUCUUUGUGGACGACGAGCGAAGCGUGCUGGAAUUUGAGGAGCUGCGGCACCCCUGUCUGCUUUCUUCUGUUGGAGACUUCAUUCCCAAUGAUGUGCAGCUUGGUGGGAACCAGGCCAGCAUUGACUUGCUGACGGGAGCUAAUGCUGCCGGCAAGUCCACUGUCCUGCGAAUGACCUGCGUCGCCGUCAUCAUGGCUCAAAUUGGGUGCUACCUCCCGUGCCAGUCGGCUCGACUCACCCCCGUUGACCGUAUCAUGUCCCGGCUGGGCGCCAACGACAACAUCUUUGCCGCUCAAUCAACCUUCUUCGUCGAGUUAUCUGAGACCAAGAAGAUUCUGUCCGAGGCAACCCCGCGCUCACUGGUCAUCCUCGACGAGCUUGGUCGGGGCACAAGCUCCUACGACGGCGUCGCCGUCGCUCAAGCCGUGCUGCACCACAUCGCCACGCACAUUGGAGCCCUGGGCUUCUUUGCAACACACUACCACUCCCUUGCUGCUGAGUUUGAGAAUCACCCCGAGAUUGCACCCAAACGCAUGGCCAUCCACGUCGACGACGCCGAGCGCCGUGUCACCUUCCUCUACAAGCUGGAGACCGGUGUCGCCGAGGGCAGUUUCGGUAUGCACUGUGCAUCCAUGUGUGGGAUUCCCAGUAAGGUCAUCGAGCGCGCCGAGGUUGCUGCCCAACAGUGGGAGCACACCAGUCGUCUUAAGGAGAGCCUUGAGCGCCGCAAGGGUGGUGGUUAUGUAGGCCUGGGCUGGUGGAGCGAUGUUGCCUGGGCGCUGCGCGAGCCCACUGCAGGUGAAGAUGCUAACGCCGGUGAUGUUACUGACCGGGGCCUGGAGGUGCUGUGCAAAGCCAUUGAGGCUCUUUAG